CCUUCCCAGACGCGGGGAGGGUGCGUGGCGCUGGCGGGGACGCCGUCCGCCCACGUCGGAUGUUUUUGCGCCUCUUGCGACCUCGUGGCCUCUCGCGGGCUCCUCGUCGGCAGCGCCUGGCGCUUCCGCAGCCACGCUGCUCCAGCGCUCGAUUCCCGGUGCUGCGUUCCCCCCUGCAUCUACACCCCCGGCCGCGUUCCGCGAGCGCCGAGGCGGUCCGCCCUGUGCAGACGCCAUGCCUUCCGGGCAGGCGCGUGCCUCCGCUGUCGUGACGCGGAAGGGCUUCGACACCUGCGCCGUGGCCACGAGGGGCAUCGAGGGCGGGCGGCAGUGGAGCCCGGUCUGGGCGCCCGUCUUGCCCCGCGAGGAGGAGGUCCCGUGGCCCGCGGGCCUGGUACGGACCAGUGCCCCGUUCGAGGAGCAGACCCCGCUCGGCGCUUGGCGCGGGGCGGGGAGCCCGUGGCCCGCCCUCCCGGCGGAGGACACGAGCAGCGGCGGCGGCCCGGAGGGCCCAGCGCCGAACUGGACGCAGCGGCGCCGGAUGCAGCGCCGGAUCAAGAAGAUCGCAGAGAGGCAGAUGGUGUCCGACGAAGGCUCGCACGGCACGCGGCCUCUGGGCGGGCCUCCCGGAGUCUUCGUCCAGCCGGCAUCGGCCUCUUGUCAGAUGUUCCUGUGACGGUGGAGCCGAGCGGCGCGGCGUGGGCUCGUCCGCUGAUGACCAGCAGCACAAGCAAGGCUCGAGCCACACGGUGUUUGGGCGAUCUCGUGAACCGUUUUCGGUUUGAGCUCGUUUCGCGGCCAAG